GAGGACAGAUUGCAUCGGGUUUAACAGGCGGGGGGUGGCUGAAAAUUGUGGCGCAAGACUGAUUGUUGGAGGGGGGAAGCAGAUGACAGGCGCUUAUCAGCGAGCGAGAGAGAGAGAGACGGAGAGAGAGAGGGGAAGCGGAGAGAGAGAGGGGGUAGGGAGCGCGAGCCGGAGCCACUGUCACUCGCCAUCGGAGUGCGGAUCACGCCGCUUUUCGUGCAGCCAGACAGGCAUCUCGCCAUGGUCUCCAUCAUCUCCGACCUGGAUCCGCUGAAGAGCUGGAGCGCCUUGCGGCAGGAGUCCAGUGAUCUUCCAGGGGCCAUACAGAGUAACGGGACCACCAACAAGAUGAAUGGAGCUCUGGAGCACUCUGACCAGCCUGACCCCGACGCCAUCAAGAUGUUUGUGGGCCAGAUCCCGCGGUCCUGGUCGGAGAAGGAGCUGAAGGAGCUGUUCGAGCCAUACGGCACCGUCUACCAGAUCAACAUCCUUCGAGACCGGAGCCAGAACCCGCCACAGAGCAAAGGGUGCUGUUUCGUGACGUUUUACACGAGGAAGGCUGCCCUGGAGGCUCAGAACGCCCUGCAUAACAUAAAGACCUUAUCUGGGAUGCAUCAUCCCAUCCAGAUGAAGCCGGCGGACAGUGAGAAGUCAAACGCUGUGGAGGAUAGGAAGCUCUUCAUCGGGAUGGUCUCCAAAAAGUGCAACGAGAACGACAUCCGGGUGAUGUUCUUGCCGUUCGGACAGAUCGAGGAGUGCCGGAUCCUCCGCGGUCCGGACGGGCUCAGCAGAGGCUGUGCAUUCGUCACGUUCUCUAGCCGGACCAUGGCGCAGAACGCGAUCAAAGCCAUGCAUCAGUCGCAGACUAUGGAGGGCUGCUCCUCCCCCAUUGUGGUCAAGUUCGCUGACACGCAGAAGGACAAAGAGCAGCGGCGGCUGCAACAGCAGCUUGCCCAGCAGAUGCAGCAGCUCAACAGCGCCUCCACCUGGGGGAACCUGACAGGCCUGGGCAGCCUCACUCCACAGUAUCUGGCACUGCUGCAGCAGGCCACCUCAUCCAGCAACCUGGGCGCCUUCAGUGGCAUCCAACAGAUGGCAGGUGCGUACUCUACCUGGCCUGAUGGAUACCCUCUGCCGCCCUCCCCAGGUAUGAACGCACUGCAGCUGCAGAACUUGGCCACGCUGGCUGCGGCGGCUGCGGCGGCACAGGGCACUGGCAGCCCCUCCAGUGCCGGUGGCCUCACUGCCAGUAGUGCUGCGCUUGGGGCACUGGCCAGUCCAGCAGUGACGACGCCCAGCUCCAACCCAGGAGCUGCCAUGAGCUCGCUGACCUCCCUGGGCACCCUGCAGGGGCUCGCUGGUGCUACCGUGGGCCUCAACAACAUCAACGCACUAGCAGGUAGCGUCAACAUUGCUCACCUGCUCUCAGGUAUGGCGGCCUUGAACGGCGGGCUGGGGGCGGGGCUGGGGGCG